AUGGCGAGCGGGGCGGACCGCAUCAACGACCUCCCAGAGGGCGUCCUCCACCACAUCCUCUCCCUCCUGCCGGCGCAGGACGCGGUGCGCACGUGCGUGCUCGCCCAGAGCUGGCGCCACCACUGGCGGUCCGCGCCCGCCGUGCGCUUCGCCGGCUGCACCGGCUGGGCCGGCGGCGUCUACACGUUCGGCCCCUUCGUCGACGGCCUGCUGAACGCCCGCCGCGGGGGCGCCCCCCUGGACUCCUGCGAUUUCGACCUCGAUGUCGAUCUAGAUCUGGGCCCGUAUGACGUCCCCAGAAUGGAGCGGCGCGUCAACAGCUGGAUCCGCCGCGCCCUGCGGCGCCAGGUUCGGGAGCUCCGGUUCCAAGUGUCCAUCAAGCCUCGGCUUCCCUUCGUGCUGGAGGAUCGGCCCCUCGCCUCUGACCACCUCACGAGGCUAGAGCUUGUGAGUGUCCAGGGCAACGCCGGCGUUCUUGAUUUCUCGUGCUGCCCGGCGCUGGAGGAUCUCAAGAUGGAGGAUUGCGAUGUUCGGUCGGUGGAAAUGCAUUCCCCAUCCUUGAAACAUCUGAGGAUCAUAUACUGCCUCUUUUAUUCCAACUACCGCACUGGGAUGUCUUUCCCGAGCCUCGUUUCAUUUGAUUUCGUUACCAAUGCCGGAAGGGUUCCAAUGCUUGAAAGUAUGCCAUCUUUAGAAAUUGCAAAAGUUCGAUUCGAUCACUUCUAUAAUGAUCGAUGUGACAAUGAUCGCUUGGAUGAUUGUGGAGAUGCUGCCUGUGAUGGUUGUUAUUACUAUUACGGUCCUGAUGAUUACAACUGCGUGUUUCUCGAAGGCUUGACAGAAGCUACAGACUUGAAAUUGUCAGCUUAUCCUGAUCUGGGGACUAAUUUGGUUCCUCCAUCACGCACCUCUUCUGGAGAAACUUACUCUGAAGCCUUCAAAGGUACGUAA